AAAAUCGGCAGAUUCAAACAAAUAAAGAGGGCCCAUUUCCCUCAGUCGCUGAAUUGAUUUCCCCCAACCCUUCAAUCUCAACGCUAAAUUACAACAACUCAUCGACAGCGACAAUCCAAACCUUUUCAGUCACCAUCCCCAUUUUUUCCCUCGUUCUUUCAGUCGUUUCGUCAGUUCACACAGAAAUUUGCAUGCUUGGUGAAUGUAAAAGUUAAUCCAACCGCCGUUUUUUCUCCGCCAACUUUCUUGAAAUACACUCUUUCCUCGGUUUCAUCGAGCAUCCCCUUUUGAUAUAAAUGUGAUAAUUGUGAUGUAAUCUAGCAUGAUCAUAUUAGCUUGGCUGGCAAGCGAACUCAUUACGUUUUGUUCUAAUCCAGAAUGGCCUCCGCUGGAUAUCACCAAGCAUCUGUGACUCUUCAACCUCGAUGUUACUUCAGUAGCUCUUGCCUCAAUCAGCAGAAUGGAAUCUCUUCAAUUAGUUUGAUUCCAAAAGGCAUCAAGCUAGAUAUUGCUUUGACAAGAAGAGGAACUUAUAGCUCUAUGGAAAGAACUAUUGCUGUGACUCAGGCAUCAGCCUCGCACUCCACAGUCCCUGACCCGGUUUUGUCCCCAUCAAGUGGCACCUCAAGUGAAGCCAAGAAGAAAUCAAAUGAAGCUGCACUGAUUCUGAUCAGGCAUGGUGAGUCUAUGUGGAAUGAGAAGAACCUGUUCACCGGUUGUGUCGAUGUGCCACUCACCAAGAAGGGAGUGGAAGAAGCUAUUGAAGCUGGCAAAAGAAUCAGCAACAUACCAGUCGACAUGAUCUAUACUUCUUCUUUAAUUCGCGCACAGAUGACUGCUAUGCUUGCAAUGACCGAACAUCGUCGCAAGAAGGUUCCAAUUAUUUUGCACGAUGAGAAUGAGCAAGCAAGAGUAUGGAGCCAAAUAUUUAGCGAAGAUACUAAGAAACAAUGCAUCCCAGUUGUAACUGCUUGGCAGCUAAACGAAAGAAUGUAUGGAGAACUACAGGGCCUGAAUAAGCAAGAAACUGCCGAUAGAUACGGUACCGAACAAGUCCAUGUGUGGCGACGCAGUUACGACACACCUCCUCCAAAUGGAGAGAGUCUGGAAAUGUGUGCUGAGAGAGCUGUUGCAUACUUCAAAGAAUUUAUUCAACCCCAGCUUUUGUCUGGAAAGAAUGUGAUGAUUGCGGCCCAUGGAAACUCACUGAGGUCCAUUAUCAUGUAUCUGGACAAGCUGACUUCUCAAGAGGUCAUUAGCUUGGAAUUAUCAACUGGGAUACCAAUGCUUUACAUUUUUAAAGAGGGUAGAUUUAUUCGCAGGGGUAGCCCUGUGGCACCAACCGAAGCUGGUGUUUAUGCUUACACUAAGAGUUUGGCCCAAUACAGACAGAAAUUAGAUGAAAUGUUCCAAUCCUGAUGGAGCCAUGAGAUAAUGUACUCCGAUUAAUUUCUGAGCCAAUGUGUCAGAAUCCUGAAGAAGCACAGUCACAAUCGUGCUCUCUGCUUGAUGUUCUACUGAUAUAUGAUCGCUACCAGCUUUUAGUGUCGCAUUUGCUUGAUUGAUUGUUGUAUCUGAACCUAUGAAAACAUACAAAAAAAGGCACUUCUGAAGAGUGUCGUAUUAUCUAGUCACAGACUUCUGUAUAAGAUCUUAUUUUGUAGAUUUUGUAUCGAACUCCCCAUGCAUGCGUUGUGCAAUAAACGAUAUGUUUGAGGUC